GAGAGACAGAGUCUGGUGUCCUCUAGGGCAACGUCCCCAUUCUGUGUUUCAGACUGGUUAUAUUAGGGGCCCAUGACAGACCCUUUCGAGCAGACGGUGAAAGAUGGAUAUUCAGAGUAAAAAGAGCGCUGAGGAGGUUCUGGAAGGCGCAGAACUGGCCCCAGCCCAAUCUCUAUGGACCACAGAGGACAGCGGAUCAGUUCAGCUGAGAAUAGAUGAACUCUGUCCAGAACAACCCAUUACAGUUCAUCAGAUGUUUAUGCGCUCGGUUAAAAAGUACGGAAACCUGCCUGCCCUGGCAACCAAGAGGGGAAACAACUGGGAAAAAAUCACCUUUUCGGAAUAUUAUCACCUCUGUCGAAUGGCGGCCAAAAGCUUUUUAAAGCUCGGUCUGGAGAGGUUCCACAGUGUAGCCAUCCUGGGGUUCAAUUCAUCCGAGUGGUUUAUAUCUGCUGUUGGAACUGUCUUUGCAGGGGGUAUAAUGAUGGGCAUCUACGCCACAAACUCACCGGACGCCUGCCUCUAUGUUGCAAGUGACUCCAGAGCCAAUAUCAUUGUUGUGGAAAAUCAAAAGCAGUUGGAUAAGAUUUUGCAGUUAAAGGGUCAGCUGCCGCACUUGAAAGCCAUAGUACAAUAUUCAGGAUCUUUGCAGGAAAAGUUACCCAAUGUUUAUUCGUGGGAGGAGUUUAUGGCACUGGGCCGGGAAGUUGCAGACCAAGAACUCGAUGACAUCAUCUGUAGCCAGAGAGCCAAUCAGUGCUGCGUUCUCAUUUACACGUCUGGGACUACAGGCGUGCCGAAAGGAGUGAUGCUCAGCCAUGACAACAUCACAUGGACUGCCCAUCAUGCCAGCAGAGCUGGAGAUAUGCAGCCGGCUGAGACUAUGCAAGAAUCAGUUGUCAGCUAUCUUCCAUUGAGCCACAUUGCCGCUCAGAUAUAUGACCUGUGGACGGGGAUCCAGUGGGGUGAGCUUGUGUACUUUGCUCAGCCAGAUGCUCUUAAGGGGAGUUUAAUAGACACACUAAGAGAAGUGACCCCUUCGUCCCACAUGGGUGUUCCUCGUGUCUGGGAGAAAAUCAUGGAAAAGAUCAAAGAGGGGAUUUCACAGUGUGGAUACGUGAAGAGAAAAUUGGUGACAUGGGCCAUGUCUGUCAGCCUGGAGGCGAAUCAAAGACUCACAAAGGAUGAGGAGAAAUCCUUCCUCUUCACGUUCGCCGAUAGUUUGGUCUUGCAGAAGAUUCGUGCCGAGCUGGGCUUUUCCUGCUGUCAGAAGGUAUUCUCGGGGGCCGCUCCUAUUGGAAGCGAAACACUACAGUUCUUCCUCGGCCUUAACUUACGGCUGUAUGAAGCCUACGGCAUGAGUGAAAGCUCGGGACCACACUUCAUGUCCAGUCCACAUGCAUACAGAUUUCAAAGUUGUGGUAAGGUGGUUCCAGGCUGUAGAUAUAAACUAGCAAAUGUAGAUGCUGACGGCAUUGGAGAGGUGUGUUUCUGGGGGCGUAAUGUCUUCAUGGGCUUCCUUAACAUGGAGGAUAAAACAAAGGAGGCUUUUGAUGAAGACGGCUGGCUCCAUUCUGGAGACUUGGGAAGGGUGGAUGAAGAUGGCUUUCUUUACAUCACUGGAAGAAUAAAAGAGCUCAUCGUCACAGCUGGAGGAGAGAAUAUCCCCCCUCUUCCCAUAGAAGAUGCCGUCAAACAGGAACUGCCUAUAAUCAGCAACGCCAUGCUGAUUGGAGACAAGAGGAGAUUUCUUUCCAUGUUGCUAACACUAAAGUGUACAGCUAAUCCAAAAACAAUGGAGCCCACGGAUAUUCUCAGUUUAGAGGCUGUAAAAUGUUGUGAACGGUUAGGAAGUCAGGCAACAAAAGUGUCAGACAUCACCGGAGGGAAAGACAAGCUGGUGUACCAGUCAAUUGAAGAGGGUAUUGCACGGGUCAACUCAAGAGCAACGUCAAACGCCCAGCGCAUUCAGAAAUGGACCAUACUGGAAAAAGAUUUCUCAAUUGUUGGAGGAGAACUAGGACCUACAAUGAAACUACGCCGCCCUGUGGUGUUAUGGAAGUAUCACAAUGAAAUAGAAAGUUUCUACAGAAAAUGAAAAAAUUCUAUAAAACAGGAUUACGUUCAUUUUUAUGGCCUUACUAAAUAUAAUAUUUAAACUGGUGUUGU